GGACUAUCGCGGAAAUGCUCGACAUUGUGCAGCUGGGCUGAGUGUGCAUGAGGUGGAUGGUGCGCCGGGGCGAACCCAAAAUAUUUAACAGUAGUGUUAGCUUAGCCAUUAGCCACCUCCUAUAGGCCUGCUGCGGAUGGGAGGUGGCAUCAAACAUGUCAACGCCGUCAGCCCCAGUCGAGAGGGGGACUUAGUGAGACCGCUUAGUCCGCUGGAGGGCAUUUAGAUUGAUAUACUUGAAUGUCAUUUGACGGCACGUAAACGGGAACACGCCGUCGCCCUCACCCGGGUAUCACCGAGGCUUGCUGCCAUCAUGUGCGUCUCCCCCCCCCGGUGCCAGCAGACAGUGCUCCCGGCGUGUAGACUGGCACACGGCGCGGCGUGUUGACGAGCUCCUUAUCUGUUCCCCAUUACCCGGCAUCCUUCCCCCGUGUACACAUUUCUGUACAGGGACAUCAUUUUAUUCGGGAACACUCAUAAGUACAUGAAGUUCAGAAGUUUUCAAGCUCAUGCUGUCUGUGCUGCUUCAUAUUUAGGACCCCCCCGUUAUAUAAGAAUAACCACGAAUCGGGCCUGGUACAUGUGUCUUGAUUUGCAGGUAUUGGCACAUGGGAACCAGGAAAUGCCUAUAGAGGGAAUGCAUUGUGUGCCAGGUGCACCAAUGACUCCACAGUAAUCGUCCACAGCCCAUGUUGUUUUCAAAGACCCUUCGGUGGUGUGCGUCGGCGCACCAUGGCCCAGACCCUCCAGAUGGCGAUCCCAAACUUUGGCAACAAUGUCUUAGAGUGUCUGAAUGAGCAGCGGCUACAGGGCCUCUACUGCGAUGUCUCCGUGGUGGUUAAGGGCCAUUCCUUCAAGGCCCAUCGAGCUGUGCUGGCUGCCAGCAGUUCUUAUUUCCGGGACCUUUUCAGCAACAGCAAUAGUGGAAGUGGUAGCAGCAAUGAGACAAGCCCAACCGUAGUGGAGCUCCCAUCGGCUGUGCAGCCCCAGAGCUUCCAGCAGAUUUUGUCUUUCUGCUACACGGGCCGUCUCAGCAUGACGGUGGGGGACCAGUUUUUGCUCAUGUAUACUGCCGGCUUCCUGCAGAUACAACAGAUCAUGGAGAAGGGCACUGAGUUCUUCCUCAAGGUCUCCUCUCCAAGCUGCGACUCACAGGGCCUUCACGCCGAGGAGGCCCCGCCUUCGGAGCCCCAGAGCCCCGUGACGCAGACCAGUAACGGUGCGAGCCGGCCUGCCUCAUGCCUGACGCCGCUCCCUCUGGUAUCACGAGUGAAGACUGAGCAGCCCUCUAGCCAGCCAGAAGCAUCCACUCCUUACUCAGUGGUCUGCACUCCUGUAGCCAAGCGGCUGUGGGAGGGUGGCAGCAGCCGAGAUGGAAGUGGGGCAGGCUCAGGGGGAGGAGGCGGGGCCAGGAAGGCAGCCCGUUAUUCCCAUGAGGCGCUGCGGGGCAGUGCCAUUCAGAGCCCCGCAGCCCUCGGACUGGCCAUGGGUAUGGGUGCCAACGUAACCAGCCUGUUGGGCAUGGUGGCCAGUGGCGGGCUUAGUGGCAGUGGCGGCACUAAUGGGAGCUCCGCUGCAGGCCUCGGCAUGUCAGAGGGCGCCAGCCCCGGCACCCUGAGCACCUACGCCAGUGACUCACCGAUCAGCUACCAUGACGAUGAAGAAGAGGAAGAGGGGACAGAUGAAUGUGCUGAAGAACAGUACAGGCAAAUCUGCAACAUGUACACCAUGUACAGCAUGCUCAAUAUGGGAGCUGCAGCAGCUGGUGAGCGUGUUGAAGCUCUACCAGACCACACAGAGACACGGGGUCGCAUGCGAGGCCGAGACCUCACAUGUCUCCCCGUAGAACUCAUUGCUCAGAUCGGCAACCGCUGUCAUCCCAAACUGUACGAGGAUGGAGACCCUGCUGAGAAACUCGAGUUAGUCUCAGGUACUUCUGUGUAUAUUUCGCGAGCCCAGCUAAUGAACUGUCAUGUGAGCGCAGGGACCAGACACAAGGUGCUGCUUAGGAGGCUGCUGGCCGCCUUCUUUGACAGGAAUACUCUGGCCAACAGCUGUGGAACAGGCAUCCGUUCAUCCACCAAUGACCCGAGCCGGAAGCCCCUGGACAACAGAGUUCUGCAUGCGGUCAAAUUUUAUUGUCAGAACUUUGCCACCACCUUCAAGGAGAGCGAGAUGAACGCCAUUGCAGCUGACAUGUGCACCAACGCCAGACGCGUAGUCCGUAAGAGCUGGAUCCCCAAGCUGAAGCUGCUGAUGGCUGAGAGCGACGCCUACACUGCUUUCCUUCCUGACGGUGUCAAGAUCGAGGAUGACACCCUGGGGGCGGAUCCAGCCUUCGACCCCGCCUCUCUGGAGGCCGCCGGCGGUGCUGGCAUGGAGUCAGGUGGCUCUUCAGGUGAAUCGUUACCAAGUGUGGGCGGGGACGGAGGACCGUUAUUUUGAACAUUGUGUCCGGGGAAGUUUGAAAUUUGGUCACACACACACACACACACACACACACACACACACACACACACACUCACACACCAGUAUUCCCCAGUUCUGCUUGCCUCUACACUUUUUGGCCCACGCUGAUGUCUCACAUCUGACUAUAUAUACUACACUGCUAGGGUCAACAGUUGUUGUUACCCUGAUGUAACCAGGACAUGAAAACUUAAACUUUUGCUUUAUGACUGUACAAUGAAGUUAGUCGAGUAAAGGGAGAGGGUGAGAGGGUUUUCUCCUAACUGCCCUCUGCCUCCCCUUGUCUUUUUAAUGUGUGUAAGUGCAUCCACUGUUGCAUAUUAAAUACAUUCCCUUAAAUGCAGGCGAUGGGGUGAGUUGCCAGUGUAGCCUGAGGAGGAAGGUAUGGCUUGAUAGACAGACUAGGAGUUGAGGUGGCGAGUAUGCUGAAUGUAAGUGUCGGUGGCAUUUUAUUCUAUGCAACCCUGACAACUUGUAUUCCAGCCUGGGAAAAGGAACUAAAUUUAAAAUAUAUCCAAUAGUAAACAUUAACACUACCUGUUCUUCCUACCCUCGCAUCUUCCACUCACCACCCUGCAAGUAUUCUUCACCACAUCAUCUUUCUCUAGACCAGAGAAUUGCACCUGAGUGUUUCACUGUGCAGUGUCUUAUAGAAAUGUAUCUCAUCUUUCUGUUUAAAAAUUUUUUAGCAUGAUUCUCCAUCUAUGAACUGAAAAAGAGAUCCAGAGUGAAGGUGAAAGCUUUUUACUGAGAUGAUUGUAAUGAAAAUUUAAAGGGCAACAGGUAAUCUAAGAUGGUCAUAUUUUUAGAAGAAAAACUAUAUUUAUACAAGUGCCCAUUCCUGGAACGGUGUGAGCAAAGAGAGUGAAAGGGAUUGUUUUAAAAUCUCGAUCUUCAUGUUCUAUUGAAAGAGGUCUUGUCAAAUAUGGAAAAGUGCUAUUUUUUGCAUAAAAAGGAGUUUAAUAAAGCAGUCUUAUCACAAGACCCAUAGCCAUUUAUUUUUAUCUUAAUUUGAAAGUGCAGAGUGAUGGAAUGAGCAGUUGAACUGCUAAAUUUGAAGCAUUUCAUCUUCUGUUCACGAGCAUAGAAGGAAUAAUAAGACUGAUUCAGCUUGUUGUUGUUGUCUAUGAUAUCCAUUUCUUGUUAGGCUGUGAACCUGCAAUGUUUGCCUCCUUCAAUAAAACAUUGGCCCACGAUUUCAAAGAUUACUGGUAGAAAUAUAACAGUUAUAUUUAUCUGACAACUCCGUUAGUUUCUUCUUUGUACUGAAAUUAUUAAAAAUAAACUGCAAAAUCCACAGGAAAUAAUUAUGGAAUAUUGGAAUGUGCCUUUUAAUUGAAUAAGCAGACGCCUGGUGGGUACAGUGAUGGAGGCCAUAUAGCUUGAAGCAAAUAGAUUUUAUGGUACUAUCCAUGUGUGUGCAAAGCAGUUAUUUGGUAAAGGAGAGCCUUUUUUGCGCAGCUGUGUCUUUUUAGUAUGUAGUUUAUUCAUGUAUCUAAUGAGGAAAUAAAAAAUGGCUGACAGUUUUGUUUUAA